CUCCGGCAGCCUAAUGUUUUGUCGAAUGCAUGGUCGAAUUCAAGUUCUGUUAAAAAUUACUUUUUUCUAAAUAUCUAAUUACUUAUUGUAAAAAAAAUUAUUAGCAAUUGCUAAUUUUUGAGUUUAUUAAGUAAAUAUGAAACGAAAACGUUCAGUAGGUAAUUCAAAGGAGAAGAAAGAGAUUGAAGGGAGUGAAGAAGAAACAUUUGAUUUAAGAGAUAUGCAAAAUAAAUCGGAUGAGGAUAGCUCUGAUUCGGAAACCGAUGGUCAAGAUUCUGAAUCGGAAGGAGGAGAUAUCUCAUCUUCUGUUGACGAAGAAGAUGAAUCUGAAGAAGAAGUUGAAAAUAGCACUAACACGCCCAAUGAACCUAGCACGAGUUUGACACAGGAAAAAGACGAAUACGAAUUUGAUUCUUCAGACGAAGAGGAUAUACGAAAUACUGUUGGGAAUGUUCCUAUGCAAUGGUACAGAGAUUACGAGCACGUUGGUUAUGAUAUAGCAGGAAAGAAAAUUAUGAGGCCUGUUUCUGGUAAUGAAAUUGAUGACUUUUUGGCUAAGAUGGACGAUCCAAAUUAUUGGCGGACCGUUAAGGAUAAAUUAACAGGCCAAAACGUUGUAUUAAGUGAUAAAGACACAGAGCUUAUUGAAAAACUGAAAGCUGGGAGAACUGCUGAUCCUGAUGCAUCUAAUCCUUUUGCUCCUUGGAUAGAUUUUUUCACUCAUGAAGUUAUGAAACAUCCUGUUACCAAUCAACCAAGAGAUAAGCGUAGUUUUAUUCCUAGCUAUUGGGAAAAAGUUAAAGUCGGUAAAAUGGUUCAUGCAAUCAAGAUGGGUUGGUCAAAACCUAAAAUCGAUAAAGAGAAAACUUCUGAUGAUGAAGCUGAAGGAUAUAAAUACUAUGAUUUGUGGGCUAAAACUGAGGAUAAUAGAAAACCAAGAUUUCAUAUACCUGCCCCUAAAUUACCCUUACCUGGACAUGCCGAGUCCUACAAUCCUGCUCCUGAAUAUCUAUUCACAGAAAAAGAGAAAGAAGAAUGGGAGGCUAAGGAAUCAGAAGAAAGACGCAUUCAGUUUGAGCCUAAAAAGUACGAUAGUUUGCGAACUGUUCCUGCUUAUGUUAAGUUCGUUAACGAAAGAUUCCAGAGAUGUUUAGAUUUGUAUUUGUGUCCAAGACAACGUAAAAUGAAAUUAAACGUUGAUCCCAACGAUUUAAUUCCGAAACUACCAUCUCCGCAAGACUUACAACCUUUUCCUUGUGUACAGUCCCUCAUUUAUAAGGGGCACGAGAAUCUUAUUCGCAGUAUUAGCGUUCAUCCUAUGGGACAAUGGUUAGUCUCUGGAUCAGAUGAUGGUACUGUUCGAAUUUGGGAGGUCAGCACGGCUAGGUGCCUUAGAACACUUACAUUUAAGGGAAAAGUUAAGCGAGUUGCUUUUAAUCCUAAUUCAGGACUCUCACUUAUUGCUGUUGCUGUAGAUAAAGAACUUAUAAUCCUGAACUCUUUGGUUGGUGAUAAGGUUGUAAAAUCCAACACGGAUUCCAUAUUUGAAUCAUUUGAAAACGGCGAAACGAAUGAAAAGGUUGAAUGGAAAACUAGCAGCGGUGAAGAUUAUGCAAACGGAAUAAGAUUGAGAAUUUCUCACAUCAAAGAUAUAAGUGAUGUUAAAUGGCACGUUAAGGGAGAUUAUUUAGCUGUCGUUAUACCAAACGCAGAAAAACACUCUGUUUGUAUUCAUCAAAUAAGCAAAAGACGUUCGCAACAUCCGUUUAAAAAACCUAAAGGCCUUGUUCAAUGCGUCGCUUUUCACCCAAUUAGGCCAUUCUUCUUUGUCGCUACGCAAAGGUAUAUUAGAGUAUAUAAUUUGGCAAAACAAGAGCUCAUUAAGAAAUGUAUGUCAAACUGCAAAUGGUUAUCAAGUCUGGAAAUUCAUCCACAAGGGGACAAUCUUAUUGCUGGAAGCUACGACCGCCGUUUGUGCUGGUUUGAUUUGGAUAUGUCCACAAAACCAUAUAAAAACUUGCGUCAUCAUAAGAAGGCUAUAAGAUCGGUUGCAUUUCAUAAAAAAUAUCCUCUAUUUGCAUCGGCCUCCGACGACUGUUCAGCAAUUGUCUGUCACGGACAAGUUUAUUCAGACUUGAUGACAAAUGCAUUAAUAGUGCCGUUAAAAAUUCUUAGAGGACAUGCAUCCGCACAAGGCUUAGGUGUUUUGGAUUGCGUUUUUCAUCCAUUCCAACCAUGGUUAUUUACAUCUGGUGCUGAUGGAACAAUACGUCUAUAUACAUCAUAA